GAUAGGACCUAAACAUGCUACUGCAGACUUUACCUCAGCAAAUCCAUAGGUAAAAGCUGCGCGUGCAUUUAAUUUACUAAACCUCGGCCUAGUAAGGAGCCUAUCUGAAAUGUUUUGGGUUUGUUCAGCAUGUUCCAACCUGUGGAUCUCCAGCUAUUGCAGAACUGCAGCCUUCAGCUAUCCGGGCAUGAUGGGAGUUGUAGUUUUGUAACAGCUGGGGUCCCAGACUUCUAAGCGCGCAGGUUUAGUCAGAAGGCUCCUCAGUAGAUUCCAAACAACGUGUGUCACAGAAUUACAAAUGGUGUUUGUUUUUAGAGGAGAAGGCUGACACUUUCUUCACACACACAGCUCUGCAGCAUAUAAGGGAGUCUAUAACCUGCUCAGGAUGUCGGGCACGCUGGUCCCCUUGGGAAUAUCAGCCUGGCAUUGUCAUGGUGCUGUUCUGAAUAUAGUCUACAAAUAGGACAUCAUGAAUCCUGUGAACUUCCUCUAUGCCCCAUAGGAAGUACCUCACGAAGCAGGUGGAUCUACUGAGGCGGAUGAACGAGCAGCAUGCCAAGGUGUAUGAGCAGCUAGAUGUCACAGCCAGAGAACUAGAAGGUGCCAAUCAGAAGCUGGUGCUGGAGAGUCGAUCAUCACAGCAAAAGAUUGUAGGUUUGACUGAGACCAUUGAAAGUCUGCAGAUUCACAUUGAAGAUCUUCAGAAACAAGUGGAAGAGUUGAAGAAGCCUGGUCGGGUGUGUGGCGGCCGCGAGAAGUUUGAGCAGUCUAGGUCGACACACAGCUUCUCCUGCCUAAAGGAACUCUAUGACUUGCGCCAGUAUUUUGUUUAUGAUCACAUCUUUGCUGAGAAGAUCACAUCUCUAAACGCACAACCCGGUCCCAUUGAGGAGGAGAAUGAACAUCUCAAGAAGACUUUGGCUGUUCUGGAGGCACAGCUCAGCCUAGAACGUAAGAAGAAGGAGAUCUUAGAAGAGGAGUAUAAUCAGGUCCUGAAAGAAAAUUCUGAGUUCGAGCAUAUUCUGAAAGACAGAGAUUCCUGUCAUGCCCGGGCAGAAGAAUUGGAAGCGGAGGUGGCCGAAAUGCGCCAGAUAUGCCGGUCAGACAGCGUAUUCUCAAGCAGCGUUGAAAAGCUGAUUCCGGAGUCAAUCUUCAUCUCAUUCAAAGAGACUGCAGAAAAGGACUUUGAGUCCGAUGCAGUGAUACCUGUCUCACAAGUAGAAAUAAAGCCCUUAAAAAGAAGCAGUAGUGAGAUGGUUCUGCCCAGCUGUUCCGCAGAAGCCAUACGUAAUGGUCACGAGGAAACCUGCAUCAGAAGGACUGAGGCUGUGAAGCAAAGGGGGAUCUCUCUGCUCAAUGAGGUGGACUCCCAGUACAGUGCUUUGAAGACCAAGUAUGAGGAGCUUCUUCAGCGCUGCCAUAUGGAGGAUGACUUCUUCAGUCACAAGGCUGUCCAGACCUCCAAGCUCCCCACCAUGACCUCCCCAGACAACUCCCCACCUAAGACCCUACACUCUGCCAAGCACAGCCCCACCUCACCUGCCUCACAACCGGAGUACAAAGUUCUGUUUCAGGAAAUAUUUAGUUGUAUCAACAAAACCAAAGAGGAGAUCAGCGAGCACCGAACAAAAUACAAACUUAUGUCCAAUGCCCAGAAUAGCUAGAAGCUCCUGAAGUUGUGAACGUAUUUUUCUUUAAAUGUUCCCACUACUUAAACGUAUUCAUUCAUAUGUAUAUUACAGUCUAAAUUAUUUAAUGCUUUAUGGCAAAGAUGUCUUAUGGCUACCUCAAUAGCCGAUACAACGUCCGACAAGACUGCCGACAGCAAAUUGUAACCCACUUUUAGGUCUUAGGGUCCGUUCCCACAUGGCGUAUACGCAGUGUAUUUCAAGCUGCG